UUUCGCGCCUAGCGCGUCCGAGUCAUCGUUCUCUGUUAGUAGCAAUAGAACAGGCAUCAGAGGGAGAACGACAUACGCUGCUCGAUUACUCUGCUGCUCAGACGUCGAUCUAUAAACUAGCAGCCUUGACCGGGAGUCUCGAAGCGACUUCGCGAAUGCGCGGCGUGUUCUCCAGGCCUACGCCGAGAUCAUUGAUGAUUGCGUGACUUGUCGGUGUCGACCACUCCAUCGACGACCUGACUGCUCUGAUCGCACUUGGGUUCGGGUCAGAGCUGAAGUUAUUUUCAACCCCAAACAGCCUUGGCCAGGCCACUUCAAUUUCCUACGCACAUAACGGUGAUCGACGUGGUUUGAGAGUAAAGUAGCAGGUCAUGACGGUUGCAAGCGCCUCCGCUCGUCGACCGAGGACGAAGUCCCUCAGUCGCCUGCGCUCCGCGCUCAUAUGCUGUUCUAUUGCUGCUAAUGCGAUCACCGCGGGAGGAAUCUACAGCUUCCCACUCAUUUCCCCCGCGCUUGUGGCCCACAUGAAGCUCACACAACCGCAGCUGGGAACCAUCAUGCUGGCCGCAAUGAUCGGUCAGUAUGCCAGUGCCGCCCCCGUCGGGAAGGUGCUCGACCGUUUUGGGCCAUGGAGCUGUUCCCUGCUGGCUUCUCUUAUGUUCGCAUCAGGAUACGGCCUCUUCGCCUUGGACUAUACCCGUUCUCCCGAGACACCAGAACCAUCGUCGGCCUUCCCGCAUCUGGUGGUAUACUUUGCUUUGCUCGGUCUGGGGACCGUGUUCUCCUAUUUCUCUAUGCUGUUUGCAGCAACAAGGACCUUCCCUCAGUACGUCGGACUUGCGUCCGGCACAAGUCUCGCCAUCUUCGGCAUGUCGCCGCUGUUCCUGUCCAUGGUCGCCACCAGGUUCUUCAUCGAUGCCAGCGCGAAUGUGGACGUGACACGCUUCUUCACUUUCAUGGCGGUCUUGACAGGCAUCAUCAACUUAAUUGGCGGUCUGAUUCUGCCUGGGCCAGCCACUGAAGCUGUACCAAAAGCGCGUCCCUCGCCAGAUGAUCAGACGGACUACAACGAGGAUGCUCAGGUUACGGAAGUAAACGAAGAGGCGUCUCUCCUGGCAAUGUCGUCGAUAGCAACAGACAGUAGUGGGCGUGCAAUCCUGGCGCAGGAGCCAGACCAUGUGGAUGCUGUGGGACUUCUCAAGGAUCCCUAUUUCUGGGUUCUUGCCAUAGUUGUCUCGCUGGUGGUUGGAACCGCAGAAAUGAUAAAGUCAAAUAUCGGACUUCUCGUCCUUUCACUGCCGUCAUUGUCCUCGCAUGAGAACAUUUCUUUUCAGGUGGAACUGAUCGCCAUCUCCGACACCCUCACUCGCCUCCUUGUGGGUCCUCUCGCGGACCUGGUGUCUCCUGUUGCUACCUACACUGCUGACGGCGUCUGGGCGUUCCCGCGAAAGCCGUACGUCACGCGGGUCCUCUUCCUCGCCUGUGCAUCUCUCCUCUUUUCUCUCACGUUCAUUUGGUCCAUACUCGACGUACGGACGCAAGAGGCUCUGUGGCCACUUAGCGUCAGUACCGGAAUAGCAAACGGGACUGUCUUUACCAUGCUCCCAAGCAUCCUCUCAUCGAUCUGGGGCUCGCCAAACCAAGGGCGCAACUUUGGUUUCGUCUCCUAUACAUGCUUCUUUGGCACAACUGCCUUCGCCUACUUAUAUGCGUUUGUAGCAGACAGCCAUACUGCAUCUGACGAUGGCGUAUGUCAUGGUGCGCAGUGCUGGCGACUUACCUUCUGGCUGAGUGCGGUGGCGGCGCUGCUAUCGACGUGCUUCUCGUUUCUGCUAUGGAGAAAAUGGAAGGCUAGAGUAUAACGUGAAGUCCUUCGCAUUAAACCGAGCCAUAACAUGUACACCGAUCCGGAUGUAUUACACUGAUUGUGGAAUGUUCAGUACAAGUAUGUUUGUUGAUAGAUAUGGU